AAUAAGCUUCUUUGUAGGAACAAGGCUCUCCCACAGCCUGCGUAGAAAGAAGACCGUGCUGUGUUUUUAAGGUGACAAACAUGUCAAACGGUCGCGAAAUGAAGGGGACACUGGUUUUGAUGACGAAGAAUGUGUUGAACUUCAAUCACAACGUUACAAAAGCUGAUGACAUCUCCACCUCUAAGAUUGACAUGCAUUUGCUCGGUGCUGCUGGGAAGGAAGGAAAGAAAACCUUGUUGGAGAAACAUCCUGCUUCGUCAUCAAACUUGGGACAUGGACAAGAUUCAUUAAGUGUUACUUUUAAAUUGGAUAAGAAUUUUAAAACUCCAGAAGCAUUUUUCAUCAAAAACUCAAUGGAAUAUGAGUUUUUCCUUGUCAGUCUCACCCUCGAAGGCAAUUCAAAUGACGGAACCAUUCACUUUGUUUGCAAUUCAUGGAUUUACAGAGCUCAAAAAGAACGUAUUUUCUUUGUCAACAAGAGCUAUCUUCCGGAUAAAACUCCAGCAUUUUUGAUAAAGCACAGAAAAAAAGAAUUGGAAAGUCUGAGAGGAGAUGGAAAAGGAACGCGCAAAGAACAUGAUAGGGUCUAUGAUUAUGAUGUGUAUAAUGAUUUGGGCAACCCAGACUCGAAAGCAGAUCUAGCUCGUCCUGUUCUUGGAGGUUCCAGUGCCUAUCCAUACCCUCGCAGAGGAAGAACUGGCAGAAAAGCAACAAAACGAGACAAGAACAGUGAGACACCAAGCAGUGACACUUACAUUCCGAGAGAUGAAAAUUUUGGUCACUUGAAGUCGCCAGACUUCCUUACAUAUGGAAUAAAGCUCUUGUCUGAGAAUGUCAUAACUCAGUUUAAAUCUUCUUCUGGUUUAAGGAAUGAGUUUGAUAAGUUUGAUGAUAUUCAUAAACUCUUUGAAAACGGACUGCUUCAUCAUCUUCCAGAAGACGUAGUCAGAAACAUUAAGGAAAUUUCCCCCACUAUUGGUGAACGGUUCCUUAAGUUUCCAACACCUGAUGUCAUCAGAGUUAGUAAGUCUGAAUGGAUGACUGAUGAUGAAUUUGGAAGAGAGAUGCUUGCUGGAGUUAAUCCUUGCGUAAUUCAACGCCUUCAAGAGUUGCCUCCAAAGAGUAAGCUAGAUGCUUCUAAGUAUGGUGAUCAAACUAGCACAAUCACCAGAGAACAUUUGAAGAACAACCUUGGUAAACUCACCGUUGAAGAGGCACUGAGUGCUAACAGAUUGUUCAUAUUAGAUCACCAUGAUGCAUUCUUACCAUAUCUGAAGAAGAUCAAUGAACUUCCCAACAGAGAGUGUUACGCCACAAGGACAAUCCUUUUCUUGAAAGAUGAUGGCACAUUGAAGCCUUUGGCUAUUGAAUUAAGUCAACCAAAUCCUGAGGGAGAUAAGUUUGGUGCUCAUAGUACAGUCAUCUUGCCUGCACAACAAGGCGUUAAAGGCACAAUUUGGCUAAUGGCCAAGGCUUAUGUUCUCGUAAACGACUCCAAUUAUCAUCAACUCGUGACCCACUGGUUAAACACUCAUGCCAUAAUUGAGCCAUUUGUCAUAGCAACAAAUAGAAAUCUCAGUGUGCUCCACCCUAUUCAUAAACUUCUAUCACCACACUAUCGUGGCACCAUGAAUGUUAACGGAAUUGCUCGACAAUCACUCUUCAACGCAGGUGGCAUUAUUGAGCAAUCUUUUUUGCCUGGUCGUUACGCUUUGGAAAUGUCUUCAGCAGCUUACAAGAAUUGGGUUUUCACUGAUCAAGCCCUUCCUAAUGAUCUUGUCAAGAGAGGAAUGGCAAUUAAGGAUCAAUCUCGCCCCCAUGGAGUUCGUCUUGUGAUAAAAGACUACCCUUAUGCUGUUGAUGGACUAGAGAUUUGGAGUGCUAUAGAGACAUGGGUUAAGUACUAUGUCGACGUGUAUUACACUGACAGUGAUGUUAAUAAUGACACUGAACUCAGAGACUGGUGGAAGGAAGUUGUUGAGAAGGGUCACGGUGACUUAAAAGAUAAGCCAUGGUGGCCUAAGUUGAAAACUCGUGAAGAUCUGUAUCAAAUUUGCAGUAUUAUCAUAUGGACUGCUUCAGGUCUGCAUGCAGCUGUUAAUUUUGGACAAUACCCUUAUGGAGGCUAUAUCCUAAACCGUCCAACUCUAAGCACAAGAUUAAUCCCGGUAGAAGGAAAAGCAGAAUAUGAUGAGAUGGUAGAGAAUCCUGAAAAGGCUUAUUUGAGUACAUUUACACCUGAGUACGAGACUCUUGUUCACCUUUCAGUGAUAGAGAUAUUGUCAAGACAUGCUUCUGAUGAGGUAUACCUUGGACAGAGGGACAAUCCAAAUUGGAUUGAUGACAAAAGCACAAAGGCUCUUCAAGCCUUCCAAAAGUUUGGAAACAAGCUGAAGGAAAUUGAAGAUAACAUCAAAAGGAGGAACAGAGAUUCAAGUCUUAGAAACCGUAAUGGACCAGUUCAGAUGCCUUACACUGUGCUUCUUCCUAACAAUGAGGAAGGUCUCACUUUCAGAGGAAUUCCCAACAGCAUAUCUAUCUAAAGGAUUUCUUGUUUUUAAUUUCUUUGCAAAUCUUGCUCUCAAAGACAACUGAAUAAAUGUGUCAACUUAUCUUGCUAUAUGCUUAGUGUGUCUUAUGCAUGCUUAAGUAUUGUGUGUGGUUGCUAUCAUUCUGUAUCUUCAUUGAAGUUUGGAAUAAAAUUUCUGAAUGUUGGAACUGGGAU